AUGACAAUUAUAAUCGACGAAGAGAUAUCAGUGUGCGUAAACAAACUUAUCGACAUUCCAAUAACAACAUAUACUCAUUUCGACUUCAACAAGACCGUCGUGUACCCGAGUCUGACGUUCUGCAGGGAGCCACCGUACAAGUACGAUACACUAAUGGAAUAUGGCCUUUACGCACACCCACGGUACACUUCCACUUGGGCCAACUUUAAUUUUUCAAACAUCAGCCUUGACCAGUUAUGGGAGGAGAUCACAUAUAACGAAAAGGAGUUCUUUGUACAGUACGGUCUUGAAGGUUCGACAGAGAACGUUGAAAUAUCAUCAACUCUCGGCUUCAUCACCGGUCGCUGCUUCACACUGUCUCCGAAGAUACUGAUCGGCCAUUCAUCGAUAGCUUCUGGCUACUCCGUCACGCUGCAGCAGCGCGCUCUUGACAUUUCCACCAGUACCAGUAUAUACCCACCAGGGUAUCAUGUUUUUGUGCAUUAUAUAAGGGAGCCAUUUACGGAAGUGGAUGUAUACAAUGGAGGAUUAGUUGACUUCCUGUACAUCAACACAGGUGAAACUAUCAAUGUAAAGCUCACUGUAGAUGAAUAUGUUAAAAUAUCCAAAGAGGACGAUCCAUGUACAUAUUUAAGCGACUACAGCGCGAACGAGUGCACCACGCAGUACGUCUGGGAUCUAGUGGGUAUCGAGGCUGGAUGCUCAGGGCCCUGGAUGAGUAGCAAGCUACCGCGUUGCGAUAACUACACCAGCAUGAGGAACCUAAUCAGAGCUUACAUGAACACUUAUAACAACCAUGCGUGCAAUAAAUGCCCGAGGUUCUGCAGAUCGUACCUCUACAACGCAUUCGUGGCUGACAGACAGAGUUUUUACAUGUGGGACGCUUCAAGAAACAGGUGGAAAUUCAAGACUGGAGAAAUGGCACUGCAGUCACAGCUGUAUAUCCAUUUCAACAGCAUGAUGGUGUCGGUGUACGAGGAGCGAUAUAAUUACGACUGGAACUUAUUCGUUGCAGACCUUGGUGGUAGUAUUGGUUUCCUCCUCGGACUCUCGGUCAUCAGUCUCAUGUCGAUCCUGGGAAACGUGUGGUUUGAAUUCAUCAAACCCUGUAUCACGAAGAAGAAGAUCAGAAAGGACAUAUUGAGCGUGACCGGAUCCACCCUCACUACGGAUGUGGCCGUAAUAUGCAAGGAUCAAAAUUUGGACAGGAAAUUUAUGGACUGGCAUUGCAAGAAAUAA